UCCUUGCUUCCUAGCAACAGGACGCGUAAUGUGAAAAGUCAAGAAGUGUCAACAACCGAAAGGGAAGUAAUGGAAAAGUUUUCUAGAACAGAUGUUCUUUUCUCACAAAAUUUUUAUGUUAGUUUUUAUAUAUACAUUGCCAUGUUGUUGCUAUUUAAAAUAAAUUGAAACAAUGGAAUUAUGCGGAGCUUUUCAGAACAGGUUGUUUUUAUUUUCUUGCGCUUGUUUAUCGGGAAUUCUCUUUGCUUUAGUUUGGAGAAAAUAUGAACAAACAGUACAGAUUUCUGCAAUACGUAAUCAUUAUACAUCAGCUUUAAGAAAAUCCAAUUAUAAUGGUUGGUUAGAAAAGCAUAAUUUCUCUAAAGUUUUUGUUCCUGAAGAAAAUUUACGAUAUGGCGAAAAUAAGUUGUUAGAAUUAGAAAGUGUGUUUCUAUUUAAAAGCACUCCUGUUCUGUGUUUAAUAUUUGUGAAUUCUCAUAAUGGAGCUGAAGCUGUCAAACAGACGUGGGCCAAGCAUUGUAAUAUUGUGACUUUUUUCGGAAGAUUUGUUGACGAAAAAAUUCCCGUAAUGAAAGUGCCUCCUGUUACUUCUUUUGAAGGGUUUUGUUAUGCAUUCACUCAUGUAUAUCAUAAAUACAAUGGGCAAUUUAAUUGGGUUUUGAUAGCAGAUGAUUUUACUUAUGCCAUUAUUGAAAACUUACGCUUCUAUGUUGCACCUCUGAACAGCAGCAUGCCUUAUUAUUUAGGACAUCCUGUGAAAGAUUUUUCAAAUUUAUACAAUGUUGGCUCUGCUGGUAUUGUUCUCAGCAAAGGUAGCUUCUCAUUGCUUCACUCUGUAUAUUCUACUGCUGAUGACUGUAGAUUUAAAAGACCUCCUUCAUGGUAUUUUGACCAGUCCAUAGGGAAGAUCUUGCAUGCCUUUAAUGUCCACCCUGUAGAUACAAGGGAUCCUUAUUUAAGAGGUCGCUUCAAUCCAUUUUCAGUUGAGACAAUGUUAAUACCAGGAUCUAUAUCGGUAUUUAGUUCUUACUGGAGAACAAGUGCCUUCUUAAGUGAGGAGGGAAUGAAUUGCUGCAGUGAUAGAGCCAUUACUUUUCAUGGAUUGCUUCCAUCAAAACAUUAUUUGAUGGAAUUUCUACAGUAUCACUUGCUUGUUUUCAGAAAUAGUUUGCAAGGAAUUGGAAAUAAACCACCCACAGAUAAAAAAAGAUACAUUUCAAACAAAUUAAACUCGAAAGAACUGGAUCAAGUUGGUGAGCCUUUUAUACAGCUUGUUGAUAGAGAUUGGGUUAAAUCAAAUAACAAGAAAAAACAAAAAUCGCACAAAACACUCGUGGAAAAUAUAUGGAAUGAAUUAUUUGGCAGCUGAUAUUCACAAUUUUGACAAAUUCUACUUAAGACUUAUUUUUUGUAUCUGUGGUACUAAUCACUUGCUUAACAAAAUGAGGUUGCAAUAAAUUUUUAAAAAAAAAAAAAACUUGAUAUGUAAUCCAUUUUUAAUAUACAUAUACUUUUGAUAUUUUGCAUCCUGAUUCUAUUCAUAAGUACAUUAUGAUACUUCUUUGUUAAAAUGAUUGUUACCAAAAUUUAGACAAAAUAUGUCAUAAGAAAAUAAAAUAUGCAAUAUUUUUGGAUAUUUUGUGAUGCAGUUGUUGGCACGUUUGCAUAUUGUUUAACUGCCAUGGUAAAAGAAAGUAAUAUUUCAUGUUAACACUUAUAUUGAUGACAAUUGCUUUUUAACUAAAGGGGGAAAAUAAUUACUUUUUUUUAUUUAUAAUGGUCACUUUUUCAAGUUUUUUUAAUCUUUUAUAUAUAACUUACUGGCUUUGAUUUAACGAAUAUGGGAUAGCCACAUCUAACUUAUAAAUGUAAUGCUUUCAAUGUACCAAAUCCUAAAAUAAAAUAAAUGUUUAUUACCAUCAUAAUGCAAUUUCUUAAUGGAUCUGUUAUCUUGAAUGAAAUAUUAGGCCAUAAAUGUUCCCCAUUCAUUUUGAUAUGGCCUGAAGAACUGUAAUUGCAUUAGUUUAUAUUAUUACAAUCUAGAAUCUCAGUAUGAUUAACUAUUCAUAAUUAUUAUAUUGCUUUUAGAUAAGUUAUUACAUUAAUGCUGGUUAUAUUAAAUCAUUAUGCAUUUAUUUCUUUCGACUUCUAUGAAUAUGGAAUCAGACAUUUUUAUUUUUUAUGAAGUUGUUUAGAAAUAUUCAGCUUAAUGUUGAAAAACUAUAUCUUCAAAAUGAUAAUUAAUAAGGUAAUCUACCAUCUGCAAUUUAUAAUACAUUUUUCCCUUCCUUAAUAGAAAAGAGAAACCGAUUUUUCAUAAUACAUAUAUUAUCUGAUUUUUUGCAAUUACUCAGAUGAUUCUGUAAAAAUUCAUUACAUGUUUAUACAGAGGAGGAAAAAAAAGGAGAAAUGUAAUUAUUCAUUAACUGUUUAUUGUAAUUUCUAAAUUUUUA